CCCGAAAUAGUGACACCCGAUGAGAUGAACGAGUCGGGUUAUCAAGAAGGCUCAGAGAAGAGUUACGGGGAGAGGCGCGACUCGAAAGAAGGAUUCGGCGGGGAGGGUGACUCAGAUAGCGGGGUGGAUGGUGUGAGCAGCGGAUGCAGUACGGCGGACGACUGCCCGGUUGUCUCCAUUAAUGAUGUCGUCGCUUACUACGAUGACAUUCGCCCGAGGAGGCGGCAUGCCCCCCAACUCAACUUCUACAAUUUGGACAUCGAACGGAUGGCUUUGGACGCUGCUGCUCAGAGCGAAUCAUCAUACACGUCGUCUGAAGAGGGUUGCGGUGGUGGCGAGAGGCAUGCAGUGCUAAGCUACGAACAAGUUCGACGGCUUAACGAUGUCAUGGACGAAGUGGUGGCCAUACACGGACGCGGCAACUUCCCUACGCUGCAUAUCCGUCUUCGCGAAUUAGUCGCCGGUGUGCGUGCACGUCUCGCUGCCCCACCUAGCUCCGGCGGCGCAGGCGUUGCCGUCCGAGACGUCAGACUCAACGGCGGUGCCGCCAGUCACGUUCUCGCAGAUCGCGCGCAGCCCUACUCCGACAUCGACCUCAUUUUCACCGCUGAACUUCCCACUGCGCGUCACUGCGACCGCGUCAAAGCUGCAGUAUUAGGUCACCUAGCCACCCUCCUCCCUCCCGCUACUCCUCGCCGCCGCGCCACGCCCGCCGGCAUCAAAGAAGCAUACGUCUCCAAAAUGGUCCGCGUCAACUCCGACGGCGACCGCUGGUCCCUCAUCUCACUCGGCAACUCCCGCGGUCACAAAUCCGUCGAACUCAAAUUCGUGGACACGAUGCGGCGCCAGUUCGAGUUUUCCGUCGACUCAUUCCAAAUCGCUCUCGAUUCACUACUGGCAUUCCACGAAUGCGCUCAGCUUCCCAUUGGAGAAAAUUUCUACCCGACUGUUGUGGGGGAAUCUGUGUAUGGUGAUUUCGGGGAGGCAUUACUACAUUUAUCUGAAAAACUAAUUGCGACGCGGCAACCGGAAGAGAUACGUGGAGGUGGGCUGUUGAAGUACUGCGCUCUGCUCGCCAAGGGUUAUCGACCAGCCCGUCCAGACAAAAUCAAAACGCUCGAGCGCUACAUGUGCUCGAGGUUCUUCAUCGAUUUCCCAGAGCUCGGCCAACAGCGUGCCAAGCUCGAGGCCUACCUAAGGAAUCACUUCGUCGGUCGGGACGAGGAAGCGCUAAAACACAGGUACCUGACGCUUCUCCACGGGGUCGUGCGCGAGUCAACAGUAUGCCUGAUGGGACACGAACGACGACAAACUCUCGCAUUAAUCGAGGCCCUGGCGUGCCGCGAACUGUGCGCACGUGCUGCCCUGCUGGUUCCAGGGUAUGUGGUUGGGGUGUGUGCGGCGUGUGCGCCGUGCGCCGCGUGUGCCACGUGCCCGGCGUGCCCAGCGUGCGCGGCCUGCCCAGCCUGCGCCGACUGCUAUCGCCCGGCCCUCUGCCCCGCGUGACCCCGCUAGGCCACCAAUCGAUCGAUGAAUAUAGUGCCAAAUGUAUAUAAUACAGAUAGAGAGAUUUAUGUAAAUGCGGUCUGCGCGGCUGCUCGGGGGGUUCGAAAUCUGAAAAAGUUGGAAAUUUGGCAACCAUCAUGUGUCGCAACUGACCGAAUGCGAGCCUCGCCGAUCGGAACGUGCGAUCGGCCGAGUAUCGUCGUCACCCCGGACGGUCUGCUCUCUGUCAAUUUGUCUUGCUCAGUCUACUCCGAUCAAUUCCGCACGUCAAUUGCCGCGGGGAGGCGCCCCGACUCGGCCCGGUAUGCGCAGCCGCUGACGCCGCGACGAGUGAAGUAAUUUCUAGUCGUACUCCUUUCGUGUUGACAACUUAAUAUGUUAGCAGUACGAAAAUUAUCUUUCACGGUAAACACGCGUUGUUGUAGGGAGUUAAACCGAGUCGAUGGUUUGCCUAUAAAAAAGACUAGUUUGUUAAUUUUAAGCUUUUUAUUAUUAUGAGUAAAUGAUAUAUGUCUCCAUAAAAGUAAAAGCAUGUCUCUCGCGAUCGAUAUCUUAAGAAACUGACGGUUCAGUCGCCAGAUGUCAAAAUAUUAACCGGCGGCCGGCGCACGGCGGCGGUCCGGUCCGCCGAAUCCGAUCGCAGAAUUAUGAUUUGGUAGCGACGUUUAAAAGAAACGAGUCCGACCUUGCCCGAUGGCCUUUUAACGCGAGAAGUUCCGUUCUAUUUUAAAUUAACGUGCAACCGGCAGUCGCGAUACAAGCACGAAGCUGGGAGUUAGUAGCCAGCCGAUCAGAACGCCCGGUUCAUAUCGGGGAUGUAAUUAAAAAAAUACUAUUUUACUACGUGUUUAUUAAAUCUUAAAUGUAUGUAUACACUUCUCCUUUCGGGAUCGCUCUAGUAUUGUAUACGGCUUGGCAUACGAAGUAACAAAUUAAGUU